GACAGGAGGAGCUGGACGUGACUGAUUUGCAGGCCCCACCAAGGCGUUUGAUCGAAGUGGAGAGAGAGCGGGGUGACCUAUUUUGGGAGUGCGUGAGCAGCAUGGACGCGGGCGGAGGGUGGAUGUCGGUGGGGCUCUGCGGACAGCGGCCGAGUGGGUGAUUUGUUCGCUGUUGUGGAGACCUUACAGGGGUGCAAAUGACAGAGACAGAGUUGGCGGACCAUGGAGGGGAGGCGUAGCAUAGGACAGUAGCGGGGAAGAUGGUAGCGCUGGGAAUGCGGUUGACAUGGGCGAGAGGGAGGGGGUGAUGUCGAUGUCGGUGUGUGCCAGCGCAAGGGUGACCAGAGCGCAGGGUUGCGGUGUUACGAGUUGUGCGUGGAGGGAUGCGAGUUGUGCGUGGAGAGAUGCGAGUUGUGCGUGGAGAGAUGCGAGUUGUGCGUGGAGGGAUGCGAGUUGUGCUUGGAGAGGUGCGCGUGGAUUGGAUGUGGCGAGCAUUGGCAAGUGAGGCUGGGCAAUUGCAGUCCGUGAUUGUGGUCAUGUUGGUGCAACCGUGAGUACGUAGUCGGGCGUUUGCGGCGAAGCCUGGGAACAGCUAGUUGAACUGGCAGAGGAUGUGGGGCUGCGACUGAAGGCUAAUGCACCGAGAGCAGCGUUGGCGAUGCCACAGGGUGCGAGUGGGAGGUUUUGUGGAACGUUGUGGUUGCGGUACACGGCCACAUGGGUUUCAGGUUGCGAAAGAAUCUGGUCAAUUUGAAUGCUUCUCGGGAGGACGAUGCAGUUGCGCGGCUGGGCGGGGGUAGAGCGUCAGUAGCAGCGACGAGAGGAAAUUAACCGACAGAGACAGAGCGAAAAGCCGCGGAGAAAUUGGGAAAGAGGGGGUACAGUCCGAGAGUGGUUUGUGGUGCACCUGUGGCGCAGCAUUCAGGGUACGUUGUCGAAACGGAGCGCCAUUGGGCGCCCUGCACGGUGGCUGCAGUUCAGAAGCAGAUGCGCGACAGAAGGCGGAAUGAAAGUGGGCACAUGCGGGCGAAUGUGGGUGGGCUGUGAUUCCAGCUAGCGGGCGUGGGACUGAUGUAGCGAGCUGGAAGAUACCAGCCUUGCCGUAGAUGGCUGGUGCUCACGCACACACAGUUUCGGCGCCUUCUCUUGUCCGGUCCGGCAAUGUGCUGCUGGGCAAUCAUGGUGGGAGCGGGCUGUCGCAGCCGAUCCUAUCAUCGCUUGCAGCGAGGCGGUCUCAAUUCGGAGGCGUGAAUAUGCUGGCAGGGUACCCGAGUAAUGGGCUACUCAACGGGGUUUCGAAUGCCGGGCUCACAGGUAUUGCUCAGAGCUUGGGCGGGAGCGUGGGUGUGAGCUCUUUGGUGACGGGGUCGAACUCGGAGUUGCUGGAUCUGCAGAGAGGCAGCCUUGGGGCGUCGGAGGGGAUGGCAGUGUCUGGGUUAGGCGGGAUGGGGUUGCCUGCAUCACCGGCGUCGAUCACGUCGACGAUCGGGAAUUCGAUGGCGAAUCAGCAAGGGAGCUCGGGGCUGGCGCGAAUGGAGCAGCAGGAAUUGUUGGUGCAUCAGCAGCAGGCGCGUUCAGGUACACCUCCGCUAGCAGCGACAACUGCGCUUUCGCAGCUGUCGCAGUCGAUGCAGUCAAUGCAGCAAGAGAGAGGAGUGCAAGGGUCUCAGCACGGAGGUGGCGGGCAGCAGAGCGGUGGGUUUCCGGGUCAAGUGGGUGGGAGUGGAUCGCAGGUUGUGAGUGGUGGUGGCAGCCAGCAGUCGAUGGUGUUAGGAGGUGGUGUGGGGCAUGGGAGCAGCAUGCAGGGGAAGGCGGGCGGGGUAGCGUCGCAGCAGGGGGUGUCUGGUGUGAAAGCGGAUGCGCAGUACUCGGGUCAUAGUUUGCAGAACCAGCAGGGGCAACAGCAAUUGAUGAGGCCAAAGCUGGAGGUGGAGACGGAAAUGGAGCUGGAUCAAAAGCAGGCAAUGCAGCAAUUGAGGUCCGGUAACAAUGUGGGUGGCACGGCUGAGAUGCAGCUGCAAGAAGCUCUGCAGAGGCAGCAGUCGAAACAGAUACAGGCCCAUCUGAGCGUAUUGCAGCAGCAGCGAGUGCUGCAGGGGCUGUCGGAGCAGCACGUGCGCGACAUGACGAGUAUCCAACUGCAACAAUUGCAGCAGCAACAAGUCCAGAUGCAGCAGCAGCAAGCAAAUCUGUGCAAUGUCGAGGCUGGAGUGUGCGGUCGGAGGGUUAUGCAGUAUCUGUAUCAUCAAAGGCAUCGGCCUCCUGACAACAACAUCGCGUUUUGGCGGAACUUUGUGGGGGAGUAUUUUGCGGCAAAUGCUCGGAAGAGGUGGUGCGUGAGCCAGUAUGGGAGCGGCGGUCGUCAACCGACGGGGAUUUUCCCACAGGAUGUUUGGCACUGCGAGAUAUGUGGAACGAAUCCGGGACGAGGUUUCGAGACGACAGUGGAGGUGCUGCCGAGGCUGAUGAAGAUGAAGUUCGACAGCGGGAUCCAGGAGGAGCUGCUGUUCGUGGAUGUUCCGCACGAGUAUCGGCAAGCAUCGGGGCACAUGGUGCUGAAAUACGGGAAAGCAAUUCAGGAGAGCGUUUUCGAGCAGCUACGCGUGGUCCGGGAAGGACAGUUGCGGAUCGUGUUUUCGGCAGAGUGGAAGAUACUGUCGUGGGAGUUUUGUGGUCGGAGCCACGAGGAGCUGCUUCCGCGAAGGCUGAUCGUGCCGCAGGUGAACCAGUUGGUGCAAAUAUCGCAGAAGUAUCAGAGCUCACAGAACGGCGGAGCAGGAGCGUCGGGUCAAGAGAUGCAAACGAGCUGUCAUCUGUUUGUGACAAGUGCGCGGCAGCUGGCGAAGAAUUUGGAGCUGCCAACGGUGAACGACCUUGGGUACACGAAGCGCUACGUGCGGUGUCUGCAGAUAUCGGAGGUGGUGAACAGCAUGAAAGACCUGAUAGACCACAGUCGGGACAACGGUUACGGGCCGAUGGUGGAUGGGCAGGGGGCGGCGGGGCUGGAGGAAGCGAUAUCAGGGGGGGCAGAGGCGGACCCUCUGAGUUCGUUUUUCGAGAGCAACUCUUUGGCAGCGCUACAGACAUCUCUGCAGGACAGCCUGGAGUCGGGAGGGAGCGUGGCAUCCCACCAAAGCAACGGGCAGAAUGGGGUAGGAGGGAGCUUACAGACGCAGCAGCACGUGCGGCAGCAGCAGUUGUCGUUGUGCAGAGGGGGAGGUGUGGGCGGGUCGGUGCAGGCAUCAGGGAGCAACCUAAUGAGUUCGUAUGGGAAUGGUUUUCCGUCGGUAUCUGGCGGAGGGGUGAGUGCGUACUCACGAGGGGAUUCAUGUGUACAGCAAAACAUGGAUGGGGGGAGCGUAGUGCAGCAGCAGCAGCAAGCGCAGGGCAAGCAUCACGGGAGCUCAAGUGGGGUGCAUCAGCUGCUGCAAGAGAUGAUGAUGAACCAGCAGGUGAGCCAGAACCAGGUGGCGUUGCGGCAAGGGGUGGGGGUGGGAGGUAACCCGGGGAAUGGGAUGGUUGGAAACUUGAGCGAGAGUUUGGGAGGGAACGUGGGGCUGAGCGGGGACAUGGUGGGAGUGGGAGGCAGCAAUAACGUGCACAACCUGGGGGCGAUAGUGAGCAGUCAGGUGGGGAUGAACCGGAACAGCGGAGAGGGUGUGGUGGGGAGCGGGAAUAGCGUAGGGAUUGGUGGAGUAGGCAGCAGCAGGGCUCAUCCGGGUGUGGGGAGCCACAGCGCGAGAGGUAUGGGGGGUGGUGCGCGGGGGAACGGGGUGGGGGGUCUGAGCGGGUUAAUGGGACACAUGAACGCGCACAACGCGAGGUUGAAUUUGGCCGCCGCUGUGGCGCAGCAACAGCAGCAGCACAAUCGGCUGCAGGAGCUGGGCGGCAGUAGCAUGUUAGGAGGGCUUGGAAUGGCCGGAUCGUUUGGAGGGCUGUUCAACUAG